UAACACUCUGCGAGUUAUUCUAAACUCACUGCGUCUCCUCCUCCAUCUCUUCUCUUCACACACACAUACAUACAUAUAUUUAUAUAUAUAUAUACACCAAAAACAAAAACACGAAAACCCAUUGAAUCUUUUCGUCGUUUCCGGUCGAAAAAUGGGAAGAGAGUGGUACAGAUCAGUCGCCGGCGGCGGUGGCGGAGGAAGAACUUCGAAGAAGAAGACGGCGGAGAAUGAGAACGGAAGCCGCCGGAGUAAGAGUAAUGUGACGAAGGAGACGCAUGGCGCAACCGUCGCAGGUUGUAUGAAUGCUGUCUUUCACUUGUUCGAUUUCCACCUUUUCCAUUUCCCCGUCACGACCCAUCACCACCGUCCGAUCGACCAUGACGAUUUGCCUCAGCAUCUCUCUCUUCCUAAAGGAGUGGAGGCGCCGAGGAAUAGUUUUGAAUCGGCAGGGGAGACUCCAUUGUCACCAUUCCGUAGAGAUAAUAAUUUGAAUCUCUCGAACUUGGGUAUGCAAAUCAAGACCAAACCAACAAGAACAUCAAAGCUCGAAUCGAAUUCAAGCAACGAAUCUUAUUCUCCAAGCACAAAGACACCAACUUUGGUCGCGAGACUGAUGGGUCUCGAUCUUCUUCCCGACAAAUCCCUCAACUCACCAUCAUCAUCUUCUUGUUCUUCAGCCUUAUCCAUUGAUCUUGGAACAAGGGAUCUCCGUACAAGACGCCAUAGUACAAGACACAAACAUUAUUAUUCUCUCCACAGAAAUUCCGUGGACGGAGGAACUCGCUCUCUCCCCGAGACGCCGAGGAUUUCGUUGGGAAGAAGAUCGGACGCGGACUGUUACCAGCAACGCAGGUUGUCUCUUCGCAUCAACAGAGACAUGAACGUGUCUGAAUCAGAACAAGAACACGGGCACGUCCGGUUCUCGAGCUCGAGGCUGAAAGAGAGGAAGAUGAACGACGAUAAAGAGAAUCGGAGUCCGAGAGAAUACGCGAGGCAGAUCGUAAUGCAGCUGAAGGAGAGCGUCAGUCGGAGAAUGGGCACUGACAUCACAAACACAACAAGAAACAAAGAACAAACCAGAGAUUACGGUCACCACCAUCAUCAUAAAGAUUCCAAGAAAGCUUCCAAGAACACAACCAGUGACUCAUCUCCAAGAUCGAGAACGUUGGAAAGCCCGAAAACAAAUCAACCUUCGCGGGCAAAUGUCUGUCAGAUCGUGGAAGAGAAACCAAGGUUAAGGGCAGUGCAAGAGGAGCAGCAGGCAGAACAGGGACAGGAAGAAGAACAAAAGCAAGAACGAGAAGCACGAAGAAAGAACGUGAGCAAGUGCAAGAAACCGGAGAAGGAGAUGAGAUUCGGUUCGAGAAUGGUGAAGCCGCCUCAGACCAUGCAAGAGGAGCCAUUUGUUCGAUCACCGGCCGGUAACAGAGCAUCGAAUUCUACUAGUCUUCGUCAUCAUCAAGUAGACAAGAAGUGCAGGAAAACCCCACUCUCGAACUUCACCACUGUUCCAUCUCUUCUUCCCUUCAAGAAUGACCCGUCAAACUUACAUGUGGGUGCGUUAAAGGUCACGGCAAAGCAACCACCGAGAAACAGAGCAUCAGAGUUUCUUAGUUGUCCGAGCCAAACUCAAACUCACAUUGUCCGAACACAUAUCACCACAACUACUACAACCUCCGCCGCCGAGUUUGAUUACGUCACCAGAAUCUUACGGCGAACCGGAAUCGACAAAGACACACCAAUCUCCCACGCGAAAUGGUUCUCUCCUUCCCAUCCUCUCGACCCAUCAAUCUUCUACUUCCUCGAACACUUCGCCAUCACAUCGGCACGAACCAAGAGCUCGACGGAAAACAUGGGUCUCCGGUGUAACAGGAAAUUACUGUUCCAUUUAGUCGAUGAGAUCCUCGUCGAUGUCUUAAAGCGUCACAUGAACAUGAAACCGUGGGUUAGCCAUUACCCGAUUCGAUCUCGCCAGGAUCUUCGCGGGUCGGAGCUGGUCGACGAGCUGUGCCGGAGAAUCGGGGAGUUCCCGUUAUCGAAUUGUCGGGUUCUCGAAGAUAUUGAUGCUCUGGUCGCUGGAGACUUGCCGGAGACGGCAGCUGAGAGAGAGUUGGCGCUCGAAGAGGAAGGCGAAGGGGUUGUCACGGAGCUCGAGAGACAAAUCCUCGAGACGCUCGUGAGCGAAACGACGACGGAUUACAUUAUGGGGUACGAGACGUCGUCGUUUCAUGGAAAGGUGUCAGUGUCACGUGGGAUGUUCACGUGACGAGAUGCUUUUCAGAUGUGGGGACCCACUUCUUCCCUCUUAGCGAGCUGCGACCGGAACCUGGGGCCUCCACGUGGAGAAACUAGGCCCACUGAACACGUGGCGAUAAUUUAUUGGUUUAUGAUUAUUGUAUAGAUUUUCUCAUUUUGGUUCCCUUUUUAAUUCAUAUUUUCUAUCAACUUUUUCUUGUUUUUUAUAUAAAUAAUUCAAAAAAUGUGGGGCGUGGCACUGUAA